AUGGUUAUUGGUCACAUUAUUAAGAACAAGUACACAUCAGAUGGAUCUAACUACAAGGCAAAAGACAUACAGAGGGAUAUGUUUGAUGAAUAUGGCAUCAAGAUGAGUUAUGAGAAAGCUUGGAGAUGCAGAGAGAAGGCAGUUAUGUACAAGAGGGGUACUCCAGCAGAAUCUUAUACGAAGUUAUAUGGUUACUUCUACAUGCUGGAACAGAAGAAUCCAGGUACUAUUACUGAUAUUGUCAGCGAGGAUAACCGGUUCAAUUACUGUUUCUGGUCACUCGAUGCUUGUAGGAAGAGAUUUAAGUUGUGUCGUCCUGUGAUUAGUAUCGACGGAACAUUCUUGAAGACGAAGUAUGGAGGAACACUGUUAGUUGCUGUUGCUUACGACGCAAACAACCAAUUGUUUCCGGUAGCCUUUGCAAUUGUUGACAGUGAGAAUCAUGACUCUUGGAAGUAUUUCUUGCGGAAGUUAAAGGAAGCCAUUGGUGAGGUUGAAAAUCUUAUGUUCAUAUCGGAUAGGCAUCAAAGCAUUGAACAUGCUGUUGAGGUUGUUUUCCUAGAAGCAUGCCACUGUGCAUGCUUCAAGCAUAUUACUAUGAAUGUCGUUUACAAGUUUAAGAUUGAUGUAUGCAACCAGCAAAUAUGGCUUGCAGCUUACGCAUGGAACAAGACGGAAUGUGAUAGACAUUUUGAGGUGCUGAAAUAG